GAGGGCUGGCUCUGCCCUGUGUAAUCUGUUUAAAGGCGGAACAUGAAGCAGUGGGACUCAAACUAUGGGUGUAAUCAAAGCUCUGAAACAAGCGUCUUUUUCUGAAUAACAUUCAAGAAUAAUGAAGACCCUGACUGUGACUCUCCUUCUUGCCAUGCUGUUGAUGAGUGGUUCUGCCCUGAAAUGUAACAACUGUAUUUCAUCUCCUCAUGGGGGCCGUUGCGUUAUCACGACGGAAAGCUGUGGCUUUGGGAAAGACACCUGCAUCUCUGCUAUUUUCAACACAUACCCCUUUUCCUAUUUCAGGAGGUGCAUCAGCAUGUCUGACUGCCUCAUCUUGCAGGCAACUCUAAACAUCAAUGCCCGAUGCUGUCAGACUGACCUUUGCAACUAGGUCACCGAGAGUGGACCAUGCUUGAAACUGGCAAAUUAAUCAAAACAGUAAAUUUAGUAAUAAAAUCUGAUUUGCUUAUGAUUCA